AUGUCGCCAUAUUCAAAUUCUCCAAAGAAUUCGAGCAAAAAUAAAAGUGAUUCUUCAAAUUCAGAUUCAAGCUCGAGCAGCACUUCGAGAAUGGAGCGUUCCGAGCGUCCAGCAAAAAGGGUUCGAAGAGCCUCGACGGAUGAUUCUUCCUCAGAUGCCAAUUCUCAACAAUCAGCAGAAAAGUCCCAAAGAACUUUUGCUCACGGGAAACAAAUCAACCAAGUAGAGGUUUCCAGUUCGUCAUCCUCAGAAGCAGAAAUUAAAAAGGGUAUCAGACGAAAGCGAGAUUCUCAAGCUUCAGACGACGAGGAUUCCAAGUCUUCUUCGAGUUCUAAUUCAGAAUCUCGUCCAUCAAUAAAAAGAGUGCGGACGUCUCGUAAAUCUCAAUCACCUCACAAGUCAAGUACAUCUUCUCUCACAGAGGCACCUGAAGUUUUAUCCUCAUUAUCAGACACAGAAAGUGAGACGCAGGAGCCACCAUCUCCUCCGGAGACUCCGGGUCAUCCUCGUAAACGUCGUUUGUCGCAAUCAGAAUCAUCAGAUGAAACUGAAGAGGACACAGAUAUAACAACAGAACCACAGUCUCCUCCAAAUUCUCCAAUACCUCAAAAUCCAUGCAAAGUUUGCGGCGGCUUUGAGCCUAUGGAUAUAGAAUAUCCACUAAUUGUCUGUGCAGGCUGUCAAAUAUGUGUACACACAGAUUGUUAUGGUAUAUCUAACCGAAAGCCAAUGGGAAGAAGUUGGCGUUGCGAUCCGUGUCUUAAUGGGAGAGUUCGCAAUGCAAUAAAAGUUAAAAAGUGUGUUCUUUGUAAUCAGCCGGAAGGUGCUAACAAUGCAAUGAAAAGAACGAAUGGAAAUAAUUGGGCACACGUUUUAUGUACUACAUUUAUCCCAGAAACUUCGUUCUAUGAACCAGAAAAUGUUUUUUUAGUUAUGGAUAUUGAGGAUGUGAAAGAUGAGCGUUGGAAUGUGAAACCUGGUGGUGCAUGCAUUCAAUGUUCUAGUUCUUGCGAUAAAUAUUUUCACGUAACUUGUGCGCAGGAAGCUGGUUACCAUUUAGGGUUUGAGGUGAAACCUUUCAAUGUGGUUUCAUCGCGACUGGAUACAACAAAGGCGUCAUCCUCAUCAAAAUCCAAAGCUGAAUCAGUGGAUAAUGCCUUAGUCGACAUGAAUCAAACAGUGAACGAGGGAUUUAACGGGGAAAUGACAUGUAAAGUUUACUGUAGCGAUCAUGAUGUACCCGAGGGCUUUUUAACCAUGAGUACGCGGGAUUCACAAUCGCAUCAGUCUGCGUUAUAUGCAUACAUCAAAAAAUACAAGAAGUACGACUUGUCCCAAAGAGAGCACAAAUUAAAAACUAGAUACACCUUAACAAUACCGGAACACAUCAAAGCACAAAUGGAUGCACAAAAAGCCUGGUAUGAGCUAUCAACCACGGACGAUGAUAGUAAUGAGGAUAGCAGUGAGGAUGAAAUUGUGAAUAGAAAAUCGAGCAAGAAAAAGAUGGAAGAUGUGAAAUUGAAGGGGAUUGAGGAUGCAUUGAUUAAAAGUAACAUAUUACGUCCAUCUGACAAGCAAUGCUCACGUUGUUCAGUAACUCGUACGAUAAAGUGGUGGCCUGAUAACUGGGCUUACUUACCGAGAUCGGAAAGGUUUUCAAUAAGGGAUGCUUUAAGCAUUAUUUGCCAUCGAUGUUAUCAAAAAGAAAAGGCAUUGAUUGGUGAGGUUUCAGAAGCGGGGAUCAAAACUGAAGACAUUAAACAGGGUUGGGAGAAAUUUUGA